AUGAAGAUACUGGUACUUUUGGCUCUUCUACCAUUGAUUCAAGGAUUGGACUUCCAAUCCUUCGAUAAAUCUGUAUUGUCGAGAUAUUCGUUCUUUGAACAAUUCAGUUAUAAAACUUUAGAAGAAUCUGAUUGGAUUGCCUCUAAAAGUAAGAAAAAUAAUGAUGAAUCCUACGUAGGUAAAUGGUCUAUAGAACCACCAUUGAAAUAUCCAGGGAUCGAAAAUGAUAAUGGUUUGGUAAUGAAAUCAGGAGCUUCACAUCAUGCUAUAUCACGAAAGUUCGAAACGGUGUUUGAGAACACCAACAAUGAUUUAGUGUUACAAUAUGAAGUUAAACAUCAAAAUGGGUUAACAUGUGGAGGUGGUUAUAUUAAACUUUUGAAUAAGGACUUUGAACCUGAGAACUUCAGUACCAGCACACCUUUCCAACUUAUGUUUGGUCCUGACAAGUGUGGAGAGAACGAUCAAGUGAAGUUGAUAUUGAAUAGAUUGAAUCCCAUCACGGGAGAAUAUGAAGAGAAGCAUGUGGUGGAUACUUCUUUAACAAGAUCGGGUCCAUUAUCAACAUUAUAUACAUUAAUUUUGAAGAAGAAUCAUGAUUUUGAAAUCAGAGUCAAUGGUGGUGUAGCCAAAUAUGGAAACCUUCUCGACGAAGGGGUCUUAAAUCCUCCUUUAACUCCACCCAAAGUGAUCAUUGAUAAUUCAGAGUCGAAACCCCUCGAUUGGGAAGAAUUGGAGUUCAUUCCAGAUGAGUCGGUCACCAAGCCAGAAGAUUACGAUGAAUUAUAUUUGAACGCAUUUAUGCCAGAUCCAACUGUAUCUAAACCAGAAGGUUGGUUAGAUGAUGAACCACAAUUUAUCGUUGAUCCGUUUGCUGAACAACCUGCAUUAUGGGAUGAAGAUGAAGAUGGUAAAUGGCAACCUCCAAUUAUACCUAAUCCAAAAUGUUUACCAGGAUGUGGUAAAUUCAAUCAACCUUUGAUUCCUAAUAAGAAUUAUAAGGGUCCAUGGAUUCAACCUGUGGUAAAAAAUCCCCAUUUCAUAGGUGAAUGGACACCCAAACAAAUCAUCAACCCCCAUUAUUAUGAGGAUAAUAAUCCUACCAAUUUCGAACCUAUUGGUGGCUUAGGUUUUGAUUUAUGGACAAUUGAAAAUGAUGUGCUAUUCGAUAAUAUCUAUUUGGGACACUCUAUCCAAGAAGCUGAGACUAUCGGGAAUGAAACUUUCAAACUCAAAUUCGAUCUUGAGUCAGAAAACUAUCAACAAAACAAACCUAAAGCUAUCAAAGGACCCAGUCCACCACCCAAAUCGUUUGAGGAGAUUUUGAAUGAUGAUAACACUUCAACCUUCCAACAAGUAUACUUAUUUUUCUUCUUAGUCUUUAAGAGAGAAUUGUUGAACAUGAAAGAUUGGUGGUAUGAUUUCAAUACUGAUCCCCUCGCUACGGUCAUGAACGAUCCUUUGAGAUUAGUGGUAUAUUCAGGGGUGUUCGUGUUCAUAUUCACACUCUUCUUUGGUACGGUGAGUAUCGUAUCGUUUUUAAUAACGGACUGGGCCAAAGAAACCAAGCAAGCUAUCAGCACAGCACAAGCUGAACUUAAAAAAGAGGAUAAAGAGGUUCCAAAAAUCGUUGAAUUGGAUGAUAGCGAUAAACCAAUAACCACUUCAUCGGAAUCAUCUCAAUCAAAACCAAGAAGAAGGCAUUAG